UGGAGCUGGACUGCUGGUGACUGGCUGGUGAUGAGCAGCAGAUGAGAACCGUACCGAAGCAUGUUGGAUCAAAACCUACAAACUGAAAGCAUGAUUAAAAGCACGUUGCUGAAAGCCUGAUUGAAGUGAACUAACUGUAAUAGUUUUUACGUUUUUUUAUGUGACUCGUGUAAAACGGAAAUGAACAGAAUUACCUGAAGGAACACGUACAUUUCCACAUAUAUUUUCACAUGUCCAUCGUCCCUUUGUUUGGUUGCUUCGAAGUGUUACCACUCCAUCAAUCCUGAUUUUCAAGUUAUUUAUACCUGAUGCAACAGCUUCCAUGUUGUUGGCUGAUUUUGACACAAAUAGUAACCAAUUAAGGUAAAGUCACAGCCAUUAUUUGUGGAACACGUGAAAGAAAAGCAAUAACAUAUGUUAUAGCACAGUGAAGAUUUGGAAACCUAUUACGAGGCCACCACAAGUCAUGAACCUUGCUUUCUACUUUCAACUUCAAAGAGUGGCUGCAACAUCGAAGAGAAGCUUCAGCAUCAAUCAGUAGUCGAUUAUGUUCUUGUAGUGGCUGGAUCCGCUGCAGUCGCCGAAUCAUCCCGAGAUGCAUCGCUCACGUCUGCUCCACCUGCUGCUCCCUCUCCUCUUUGCUGUGGCCAUGGCAACCGACGAUGGUGGAUCCUUAUUGGAGGAUCCUCUGGCCACUGGUCGUCCGGGAUCGGACUCGAGAGCCCCGCUCUUCCUGGAAGAACCCGAGGACGCGUACGUGGUCAAGAGCAAAGUGGGAACGCUCUCGUGCCGUGCCGCUCACGCACUCCAACUCUAUUUCGUCUGCAACGGCGAGGCGGUGAGGACCAAGCACCACUCGGCUCACGAGUUUGUCGAUCCCAUGACGGGCAUCCGCCAGCUGGAAGUCAAGGUGGACGUCAGCCGCAACGACGUCGAGGAAUACUUUGGAUUGGACGGAUACGGUUGCGAGUGUAUCGCUUGGUCUUCCUUCGGGCAAGUCAAGUCCCGCCGAGCCAAAGUCAUCGUCGCAUUUAUCCGCAAACACUUUACGGAGAAUCCUUACUCGCGGAGUGUUGAACUGGAGCGCCAAGUGGAACUGCGCUGCCUGGCACCUGAGGGGAUCCCACCGCCGGAUGUCACCUGGCAGAAGAAUGGCGUGCCCGUCGAGCCGAAAAAGGAAGGCAGCAACUUGAUCGUCAGCAGCGAGGGACAUUUGCUGGUCGUUCAGGCCCGUCUGGCCGACAUGGGCAAUUAUACCUGCGUGUCGGAGAAUGUGGCCGGCAAGCGGAUCAGCGACACGGCCGUUCUCACCGUUUUGGUUAACGGGGGCUGGUCGUCUUGGUCUUCGUGGUCCGAGUGCACGUCGACGGGGCAGCCAAACUCUUGCGGUCGCGGGACUCAGAAACGGACUCGAUUGUGCACGAACCCAACGCCGCUCAACGGAGGCCGCACCUGUCCGGGUUCCAACGUCCAGAAAGGCGAUUGCACCUCCAUCUGUCCAGUGGUGGACGGUCGAUGGAACGCCUGGUCCAGUUGGUCCAACUGCGGGCCGGAUUGUAAACACCACCGUCGCCGUUCGUGCACCAGCCCUUCACCCUCCAACGGAGGCAAAUAUUGCGUCGGCCGUGACUUGAUGUCUGCUAAUUGCACCGGUGGAAUGUGUCGAGCGGUUCGUGCCGAAGGUCUCGACAUUUCGGAUGAAGCAACGAAAGCUGCGCUGGAUACGGACAUUACUCUCUACAUCGGCCUGGCAGUGGCUGUGGCGGUUAUUGUCAUUUUCGCCGUCCUCGGUCUCGUCAUGCUGCGCAUCUUACGUCGUAAACCCGGCGGACAUUCGCCCAUGUUUGCUGUUGGAACGUCAGAAUACGCGACGGGCUACUACUCGGACCAGGAGAAGAAAUGCCUCGGCAUCCAGCCGGAUUUGACCCAGAAUGCCGGAAUUGGUGGUGCCAACAACCGACCUCCCGCUUCAGCUUAUUGCGAGUACACUUAUUCCGAACCCACGACAUCCGGAUGCGGAUCUGCCAGCAAAAGUGGAGCCCUAACUCCCAUAAGCGAACAUCAUUACGAUGUCCCUCAUUUGGUCAGUCCGUCGCCGCCUCCUCUUCCUCCUGGAUUGCAUUUGAUGUCCACUCCCGACGGGGAACCGCCCACGAGUCUUAUGUCGUUGGCCAGUAGUCCUCGCCCAUCGAGCCACAACACCAGUGUAGAAAAGACUCCGCAUUCCGACUCGGACCAGAGUCUCAGCUCCACGCUGUCCUCUUCAUCAACUUCAGGUUCAGCAUAUGAUGUGGAUACGCUUCCGUCACCUUCGUCCAUCCGCCCGUUGCCCGGCAAUAGCACCAUCUUGCCUGCCAACGAGGUGGGUUGCGUCACUAUGGCCACGGUGACGUCUGGCGGCUCUCGGUUAGUCUUACCUGAUGCUGGAGUGGCUCUAAUGAUCCCAGAAGGAGCGCUCAAAAACGGUCAAUUGCAGGAACAUUACUUGGCCAUUCUUCGCGAAGAUCGCUACCGCCCUAAAAUAUCCGAAUCCCAAACGUUGCUCAGUCCCAUUAUGUUGUGUGGACCCUCUGAUGUGGUUUUCAAGAAACCGGCCGUCUUGAGUUUCCAGCACUGCGCUGCUCUCAAACAGGGUCAGUGGAGUCUAUCCGUCUUCUACAGCGACUCUGCUCCUGAAGACCCUCCCAACUGGCAGAAAUUGGUGACGCUUGGAGAGGAAACGAUCAACACUCCCGUGUUUAGUCAAGUGGACGCUCAUCAGUGCCAUCUAGCUGUCGACCAGUUAGGCCACUACGCUUUAGUUGGCGAGUCCGUCUGUCCAGGUGGCGGAAACAAUCCAGCAACCAAGACCUUACGCUUGGCCGUUUUCUCUCCGCUGGCCGCCAACCAGCAUUCGCUCGAGUACGGCCUGCGUUGCUACGUGCUGGAUGACACGAUCGCCGGCCUGGAUGCCGUCAUUUCGAUUGAACGGCGAAUGGGUGGACGUCUGGUGGACAAAGCAAAGUCAUUUUACUUCCAGGACGGCGGAUUUCCGCUCUGUCUCGCUGUGGACGAACUGAGCGCGGGAUGGAGACUGGUGCAACGCGAUAUCCACCAAGAGAUUCCGUUUUCUCAAGUUUGGAGCAGCCGUCGCUUUGAUCUCCAUUGCGCCUUCACAUUGGAGCGGGAAAAUCGCCAGGUCAACAACUUGAGUUGUCGGUUAGCCGCCCACCAGCAAGGGUCCACUCAUCGCCAGUCGAUUCGCAUCGCCUUGGCCGACUUGAAAAUGUCUGGCUGUAAAGUGCCGUCGAGCCCAGGAUUGCCAAGAGCCUUGCGCUCCCUGACAGUCAGCAGUAACGGUAGUGCGGCCUCAUCUUCAGCUGCCAGCCAUUUGACGGCGUUGGAUCCUAAAGCGCCCGUCUUCCGCCUGCAAUUGUCCGUCCGCCGCCAACUUUGCCAACUUCUCGAUCCUCCCAACGCGCGGUGCAACGAUUGGCGAUUGCUGGCCCAGAGAUUGAGCGUUGACAGGUACAUCAACUACUUUGCCACCAAGACUAGUCCGACUGAACACAUUCUCGACCUGUGGGAGGCCCGUCACCGUGAAUCGAGUGCCGUGACGGAUCUGCUCAAUAUUCUGAGAGUCAUGGGACGCCAAGAUGCCGCCACCGUGCUGGAACGUUCCGCCGGAGGACCCUGGAUGUAGAAUGACAAAUUGACGACAUUAUUCUUCAUCAGGACUAGCAAUCUGGUGUGCUUGUGAUAUGCAGAACUUUGGCCUUAACCCACUUAUUUAUUUCGAAAAAACUCCAAUCCCGCAACUCCCUCCCCCUGGUUAUCUAGGAAUGUCCCAAGCCAGCAUCAACUGUUAUUUCUCUUGACCCAGUUCGCAAUUUUGACGUAGAAGUGAUCUCGCGACUGGCAAAGACUAUUUCUCACCUCUUCUGAGUCCACUUUAAACUGCCCUGAUGUAACAGUGCCUCAUUGUCUCGAUUCCUAGAUAACUCAUAUUUUUACUAUACUAAUUCUAAAUUCUUUAUCCUCGCACUCAACUCGCAUUAAAACUAUUCAAGGGAGUUUGCUACCAACCCUCCCCUCCCUACUAGGAAAACCAAACAAAAAAUUAAAAAGAAACAGAAAGAACAAGGAUACAAAUAGUUCCGCAUGAAAAAUUAGACUUGCUCUCCGAGUAAGCAGUCGAAAUAUUUCCUUCUGAGUGGGUCCUGGGACGAAAUCGUUGUCGUAUACAAAGGUCCUAAACUAGAAACGACAUUUCAAUGGAUGGAGUUGCGAAGAUGGAAACGUGAUGCGAUUGUCAUUGCAGAGCAAGUUCAUCUGUACAUUAUAUACAUAACGCUUUCACUUGUAAUAACGACUCCAAAUUUGUUUACGGUGCUGUAUGUGUACUAUGUAGCUUGACCUUUUAUUAUGUUCAUUGGGUAAAUUUAAUUGGGCACGACUAUUGUACAUAAGAAAAUGCUUUGCUGUCAUUAAACAAGAUAUGUAAAGAUUACCGAACCAGCGAAAUCAAAUAAUAUACUGUAAAGUGACAAUUUUUGUUUUCACUUUUUAAAAAAGCGUAUUCCUGUGCUGCCGUGUGCUAAGUUCGUAAUCUGUACAAAAAUGUCUACUGUUACUGAAAAUAUUUCAAUCAUUUUUUUGGCUGCAGCUGUUUAAAUUAUUAUCAUUACAAUGGCCAAGAUAAGACAGAAAUACAGAAUAUUCAGACAUCAA